AGAAUGCAACCAUGGCUAAAGAUAUCGCUGCUACUGUGCACGUUCGGGUUUCUCAAGGAAAUUCGUCCCAGUGAACCAUUCAUCGUGGACUACCUCGCAGGACCAUGGCGCAAUUUAACGAUGGAACAGAUCAUCCAGGAAGCGUUCCCGAUCGGUACGUACUCCUAUCUGGCGCAGCUGGCCAUCAUCUUUCUGGUGACGGACCUGCUGCGCUACAAACCGAUCAUCAUCGUGAACGGUGCUGCCGGCAUCAUUGUCUGGAGCAUGCUUACCUGGACCACGUCGCUGAACGCGCUCAAGGUGUUGGAGAUAUUCUACGGCACCUACUGUGCGGCCGAGGUCGCCUACUUCAGCUACAUCUACGCCAAGGUGGACCGGGAACACUACCAGAAGGUGACGUCGCACACGCGUGCAGCCAUCUACAGUGGGCGCUUCUUUGCCGCCAGCCUGGCCCAGCUGCUGGUGUACUUCGAGGCGAUGGACUACCGUCAGCUUAACUAUCUGUCGCUCGCGGCACAGAUCAGUGCCACGGUGUGGGCCCUGUUUCUACCCUCCGUACCUACCAGCAUGUACUUCCACCGGCGAACCUUAACCGACCAGCUGCCGGAAACGUCCACGCCCCAACUGCCAAACGGCUCGGCCACCGCCGCCGACAAGCAGGAACCGAUGGUGGACGUAAUGGCCGACGAUCGGUCAGAUGAUAGCAAACCUCCGGUGGGCGUCAUAGCUCCAUCAGAACGCCGCCACUUGCAGGCCCCAUUUCGUUCCCGGCUGAAGGAAGCGUUCGUGCUGCUCUGGACACACUUUCGCACAUCGUUCACCAACCGGAGCGUGCUGCAGUGGAGCGUGUGGUACGGUCUGGCGAUGGCAGGCUACAUUCAAAUUCUCGCCUACGUGCAGGCGCUCUGGAGCUCCAUCGACGAAACCCAGCCCGCCGUCUGGAACGGGGCGGUUGAGGCAGCCGUUACACUGCUCGGAGCCAUCGUCUCCCUGCUGGCCGGUUACUUACACAGCGGUUUUCUAAAACCGCGCACCAGCCUACUAUCGCUGGCACUGCUUUCGUUUGCAGCGGGCGGCGCAAUGAUGCUAGCAACCAACACCGGCAACUUGAUCGUGUCCUAUCUCGGGUACAUGAUUUUCUGCGUGCUGUACGCGUUCGCGAUUACCGUGGUGAGUGCGGAAAUUGCCAAAAACAUUUCGGACGAUUGCUUUGGGCUGGUGUUCGGCUUCAAUACGCUCGUCGCACUGUCGCUGCAAACGCUGCUCACGUUCUCGGUCACCGAUUCGGACGGCUGGUUUGCGCUGGACGUGUUCGGUCAGUUUACGGUGUUCAGCUCCUACUUCCUGGUGCUUGGUGGCAUUUAUACAGCGUUUCUGGCUGCCGAGAUCGUUGCCAGCGUAAUCAGGCGCUACAGGUGAUGGUAGAUGCGCUGCCACGCUCCACGUGAGAAGACCCCGCCACACACACACACACACUGACGAGGCUGAAAUGAAAGCAACAGGUAGUACAAAUUAGUUCUCGGGAUGCUAUAUCGGUAACGGAGAACGGCACAAGCCAGCAAAUACAUUACUUACGUAGAAGAGAUAUUAUCGAUCGGCAUGAUCGAUUGAAGUGCUCUUGUAUCGCAGUACAUUGACCGUAUACACACUUGUUGGUUUAAAAGGAACAGAUAGUGAUUGACUGUAGGAAGCAUUAUAAUGCGCAAGGUAAUGUGUCCUAUUAGUGUUAGAAAGACUUUUUUAUUUUAGAGCCCCUUUUAGAGACACAUUUAGGCACUGUUUUGAUUAAUAAUAAACAUAAAAACCAAAUCCCAACAGCACAA